UGUCAGUCAGCAGCAGUCAGUCAAUUUUUUCUCUUGUAGACAAAAGAUACAGAACCAGCUGUUUCGUAGUUUUUCUAAUGCUAAAUUCUCAAUAAAAAGGCACCAGGUAGAACUACUUUAUUGUUUAGGUCAUGCUAGUUAUCCUUAGUGCUAGAGUAGUAUUAAAAAAUGAAACAGAGAACUCGUGUAAUGAACAGCGGAGAUGACCUGAUUAUUUACAAUAUGGGUAACAACAAAAAGGAAGACAACGACCAAAGUGAAAUACAGCUACACAAGAUGAAACCGCAGGAACACUAUAUCGAAGCGCAAGUUCAGGAAGGCGAUACUUUACAAGCAAUCGCUUUGAGAUUUUAUUGUUCAAUUUCAGAAUUGAAGAGGAUUAAUCAAAUCCAUAAGGAUAAUGAGAUAUUUGCAAGGCGAACUGUUAAAGUGCCUGUCACUCCCUACUCUGUUUUGACCGAGAGAUUGCCUUUGCCUCAAGCCGAACCUGUACCAUCUACAUCAAGUCAUGUGCCAAUUAUACCUGUGCAAGAUUUCCUACACAAUAACAAUCACAAUGGACAGCCAAUGCUAGAUAACUUGCCAAGAGAAGAGAAAGCAAUAAACAAUACCGACUAUGCUAUUGAUUGCAACACAGUUGUCAUGAACAGUACGCUGGCCCCUUCUGUUGUCCCAUUUACUGACACAGAGUUGAAUGAUCCAGUGUCUGAAGACACACAGCUAUUACCAAACAAACCAAAAUUGUCAGUAGAAGCUGUUGUAGUGAAGGAACUAACGUCACAUGGAGCAGAUUUUGGACUGAAGUGGUUUCACCUAGCAUGCGUCAUAUUAAUACUUUGUUUUGUGGUUCCCUUGCUGUACAUCUUAAUUAAUGUUCAUAAACCAGAGCAUGAAAAUUCUACCUGACCAGAGGACUGUUUAACAUGAUCUGACUGAAGAGCUUUAAGUUGUGGUGGUAUUUUUAAAUAAUUUUUAUAUUAAACUGAGAAACAGCAGCCUAAUGUGAUU